AUGACCGAUGCAUUGAGCAGGAAGUCCCAGACUCUAUCUCUAGCAGCCUUGACUGUGAAUGAACAACUGAUUGAAAAAGCUAGAAGAAUGGAUUUGGAACUACUAAUGAAUAAGGUGAUAGUGACCUUGGCUGCAUUUAUGAUACAACCAUCAUUAAUAGAUAAAAUCCAAGCUGCCCAAAUAUUAGAUGAAGGUCUUCAGAAGAUAGUAAAUGACAUUAAAGAAGGAAGACAAAAGGACUUAGACUUUAAGUUAACUGAAGAUGGAGUCCUCAAGUUUAAAGAUAGGCUUUGUGUACCAAAGGAUGAAGAGAUGAGGGAAAUGAUAUUGAAGGAAGCUCACAGUUCACCUUACUCAAUCCAUCUGGGUAGUACAAAGAUGUACAAGGAUUUGAAGAAGCUUUACUGGUGGAGUGGUAUGAAAACUGAUGUAGCCUCUCAUGUCGCCAAUUGCUUGAAUUGCCAACAAAUCAAAGCUGAAACACAAAGGCCACAUAAUUUAUUGGUUUUCAAGAAAAUUAUGAUAACAAAAAAAGCUCCUCCAGAGAAGAUAGUAGAAGUAAUUCGUGUGCCUCCUUUUGAUUACUUCAAGUUAAACAUUGACGAAUGCUCUCUUGGCAACCUGGACUACACUGGGGCAGGUGGUGUUAUUAGGGAUGAUAGUGGAUUUCCAAUGCGAUGUUUUGCAUCUUAUGAAGGAGUGGGAACCAAUUUCAUGGUAGAGUUCAACGCCAUAUUUUUUGGGCUGCAUAUUGCUUCCUUGAUGAAUGCUGGGAAUUUGUUGAUUGAAUGUGACUUGCAAGCAGUGAACUGCAUUAUUAAUUAG